UAUUACCGUGAGGUCGAAACACCGACGAGAAGCUCCUUGCGGUGUUCGUUUCGUUGCCUACUUACUGCUUCAUCGACCUUUUCUUGAGUUGCUGGGUGCGCCGAAAUUUGUGUGCCCUCUAGUCUUGGCCUGAGCAUGAUGUCAACAUGGAGCAUCUCCCCGCAAUUUUCGGAGACGAUUCCGGGGUGUCAGGAAUGGUGCGAGGAGUCAGCAACCUGGAACUCCAGCAAGUCGAUGUUUUCUAUGAUGCGAAUCUUUGAAGUUCUCGAGACACAUUUAUGAUACGAGUCACGAGUUGGCGGAUUGGCUGGUUGGCUGGGAAUUAACUCCUUCUCCCGCAUCACAUUGAUGUCACUUUUCCUGCAACAACUUUGACGUCGGUUCUUGUCAUCAGGUACAGUGACACAGUUAGGUGACAGUGACACUUGAGUGACACGAGUGACCACACCUUCCGGAAGUUGCUUCCUUAUUUCUUACCUAUUGCUUCCGGCAUUAUGCUCCUUCUUCUUACCUAGGGUAAUGACGAUGACCAUUUCCUGUCGUAUGACUGGCUGGAAUCAAGUUGCUGCUGUUGAACACAUCCGACAGCAAGUCAACGUCACGGUCUUGGUCACUCGGUGUGGUGCCGUGGCUAUAUGAAUAUCAUCUCCUGGAGAGCCAUGCUCGACACGAUUAGGUACCUAGGUAUACUAGUAUUGUCGACGCGAUGCAGGCUCGAAAUCUCCUUACUCUGUCGGCACGGGGCCUUCCUCGCCAAAUCGUCCGCCUCACUAUUCCACGUUCCCAACCUCUCCGACCGAUUCUCUCACAGCGACAAUGUCUGGCAUACUCUACGAAUCACGAUCAAUCACCUGUCAGUAGCCACACCAUGACCGGCACCCAUGGAGGAUCGGUCAGUGAAGCCAUCAAGCAUGACCAUGCCGAACUCAAGGACUACUACGACAAAAUCAUCAAUGCCAAGGACAAUGAUACCAAGACCCGUUACCAGAAUCAGUUUACAUGGGAACUUGCUCGCCAUUCCAUCGGAGAAGAGCUUGUUGUCUAUCCAGCCAUGGAGCAGUAUGUCAAAGAUGGGACAGACAUGGCGGAGAAGGAUCGUAUGGAACAUAACAGGGUCAAAGAAUUGCUCUAUGAAUUCCAAAAGCUCUCACCCGCCGACGAAGAGUUCCUCCCUACCUUGAAAAGUCUCUGGCAACACCUUAGCAAACAUAUCGAGGAAGAAGAGAGCCACGACCUACCCAUGUUGGAAGAGUCGCUGCCGGCCCACGAAACCGACAGUUUGUCCAGAAGCUUCGCCAGAACCAAGAUGUUCGUCCCUACCCGCAGCCACCCCAUGGCACCAGACAAGCCACCCUAUGAGACUGUUGCAGGGUUGAUGGCGGCACCAAUUGACAAGUUGGGAGAUAUGUUCAGGAAGUUCCCCAAAGAUGACGAGACUGUUCGAGGGACAAAAUGAUCUGCAGGAUGUGAUUCGGUGACAAGUGAAAGAGUGCAGGUCAGCAAAAGGGACACGUGGAUGGUAUGCAUUAAUGAGGAGACUAAGAUGUCACAUCGCCAGACCCAGAUUGCGGGUGUCAAAACAGUCGAGUUGUAUGCUGUGCUGGAAUGUCUCUAUCACCUCCUCGUGGCCUCCCGAACUUAUCAAUAAGAAAAUACC